GGAGCGCGGCGGGUGCGCGCACUGUCCGCGUGGCUCCGUGCCGGCCAUGCGUGCCAGUGGACGGCGACGUCUCGCCACUUGUUACUGGUAUCUGGUGCGCAAGCAGUUCUGACAAGGAGCUUAGCAAACGUCAUCCGUGCCCCCGUGGCUGCAUGCCUGCUCACCGACGGAGGAUCAUCCGCAACGCUGGCCUCUACCCGAAAGUGAUGUGUUGUCUUGCCAAUGCGCUCGAGUGGAAGCUGCACGGGACCGUGAUGGAUGACUUCGACAGCCGGGAACCUGAGGACUGAGGGCGCUACCCGACCGCUGAUGCUGCAGCCACCGCGUGCGUCGUCGCCGCCGCCGCCGCCUCAGGUAGCGGCGUGCACGGCGCGCCAGUCACCGCAGUCGCCCAACUGCUUCCGCAUUCCCAUCCCGCUGGAACCGCUCAAGGACGGUCACUCCAUGGACCCAAAGGAGCGGACGUUCCUGGAAGCUGCCGAGCGGGGCGACCGCCACACCAUGAUCCGGUGUCUGUCCCCACCGGAGCCCGUGAACGUCAACUGCACGAACAUCCUGGGCCGCAGCGCCAUCCAGAUCGCCGUCGACAACGAGAACGUCGAGAUCGUCGAGUUGCUGCUGCGCCAGCCGGACGUGCACAUCGGCGACGCCCUGCUUCAGGCCAUUCGAGAAGGCGUGUACAAAAUCGUGGAGAUGCUGAUCGACCACCCCAGCAUCACGGCCGAGAUGCUCGCCAGCGGCUGGGCGCGGAGCCAGGCGCAGGAGAGCUCCGACUACUCGGCCGACAUCUCGCCGGUCAUCCUGGCCGCGCACUGCAACCAGUUCGAGAUCCUGCAGCUGCUGCUGUCCCGGGGCGCUGGCAUCGAGCGGCCGCACGCGCUGUCCUGCUCGUGCCGCCGAUGCUGCGAGGACACCCGGCGGGACUCGCUGCGUCACUCGCUGCGGCGCAUACACGCCUUCCGGGCGCUCGCCUCGCCAGCCUGGAUGUCGCUCACCAGCGAGGACCCCAUACUCACCGCCUUCAAGCUUUCGUGGGAGCUGGGCAGGCUGGCCCAGCGCGAGAACGAGUUCAAGGAGAUCUACCUGGAGCUGAGCAACCAGUGCAAGAAGUACUCGUGCGAGCUGCUCGACCUGUGUCGUAGCAGCGAGGAAGUGAUCGCCGUGCUCAACAAGCGCACCAGCCCGGAGCUGCUCGACGACUCGGACGACGAAGAGGAGGUGGAGGUCGCCCACGAGGAGUACUGCACAUCUGGCGGCCCCUACCAGAUGGCGCCUCGGGGCCUUACGCUGUCGCGUCUCAAGAUGGCGCUCAAGUACGACCAGAAGCAGUUCGUGGCGCACCCGAACUGCCAGCAGCUGCUCACCUCCAUCUGGUACCAGGGGCUGCCCGUGUGGCGGCGCCGCAACGCCCUGAGCAAGACGUGCCUGUGCGCGGGGCUCAUCAUGCUGCUGCCGCUCAUCGCGUGCUACUACCUGGCGUUCCCGCGGUCCCGCUUCAGCCGCGUGGUGCGCUCGCCCUUCAUGAAGUUCAUCUACCACAGCGCCUCCUUCGGCUGCUUCCUGCUGCUGCUCAUCCUCGCCUCGACGGGCACCGACCGCGCCCGCCAGAACAUCCGGGGCCCCGCGCCUUCGCCCGUCGAGUGGCUCAUCCUCUUCUGGGUCACCGGCAUGGUGUGGGCCGAGUGCAAGCAGCUCUGGGAGGAAGGCCUCAAGGCGUACGUCUGUCAGUGGUGGAACUGGCUCGACUUCAUCAUGCUCUCGCUCUACUUGACCACCGGCUCGCUGCGCGCUGUCGCCUACUUCCAGGUACAGAGCGGGCAGUACGGCGCUCGCGUUCUGGACAGGGUCCAGUGGCCGGCUAACGACCCGACGCUCAUCUCGGAAGGAGUGUUCGCCAUGGCCAACGUGUUCAGCUUCGCGCGCAUCAUCUACCUGUUCCAGACCAACCCGCACCUGGGUCCGCUACAGAUCUCGCUCGGCUGCAUGAUCGUCGACAUCGCCAAGUUCCUCUUCAUAUUCUUCCUGGUCCUCACUUCUUUCGUGUGUGGACUCAACCAGCUGUACUGGUACUACGAUCCCACCAUGGGCUUCUGCGAGACCAAGGAAGUCGGCGGCGUGAACAUUACAUUCAACUGUCACCACAACCCGGACGCUUUCCUCACGAUCGACGCCAGCUACACGUCGCUGCUGUGGUCACUGUUCGGCGUGAUUCCCAUCAAGGACAUCAGCGCGCGCAAGGACCAGCCCUUCACCAAGUGGGUGGGCCAUGCCCUGCUGGGCGCCUACAUGAUCAUGGCCAUGACCGUCAUGAUCAACAUGCUCAUCGCCAUGAUGAGCCGAUCAUUCCAGGACAUCGAGGACCACAAGGACCGCGAGUGGAAGUUCGCCCGCUCCAAGCUGUGGAUGGGCUACUUCGACGAAGGCUCGACGCUGCCCCCUCCCUUCAACCUCAUCAUCAGCCCGAAGUCCGUGUGGUACUUCCUGCGCGGCUUGCUCAGGCUCGGCCGCUUCCUCUGCAAGAGCGCCUUCGCCGCGAGGCACUCGGCCGUCAAGCCCGAGACACACGAUCCUGUUUACAUCGGAAGCAGUGUCGACAAAAGCGACCGGAAGCCAGGUGCCAGGCGAAACACGGUGAUCCUUCAAUUCAACGGCCAAUCGAGCACGGUUCAAUACCAGGAGGUGAUGAAACGCCUGGUGAAUCGUUACAUUCAUCGAGCCAAGAAGCAGCUUCGCCAAGAUGGCGUCAACGAAGACGACUUGCUCGAGAUCAAGCAGGAUAUCUCCAGUCUCAGGUUCGAACUCCGCGAAGACCGCAAGCGCGAGGCUGCGCACAACGUGCGGCAGCUGGACACGCUCCGGCGCGACAUCUUCAAGGGCGUGCCGCCAGGCCCUGCCCGGCCCGAGGUGGGCGCCGCGCAGCCACCGGCGCACGGCUCGCUCCAGCAGCCGGCAGCGCCUUCGCCCUACUACGGGCUGCUGUCGCCCGAAGAGGUGGAGCAGCUUCGCGUGCAGGUUAUCGCGGGCGUGCGAGAGGAGCUUGGGCGCCUGGCACGAGAGCUGCACGUGCAGCACUGCCACCGGGCCGUGCCAGCAUUCCCGGCCAGGGCGCCCUCGUUGCCACCCGACCUCUACCAGACGCACCUGUUCACGCAGUUAUGAGGCCCGUACAGCGCCGCUCUCUGGAACCACGACCGAAAUUCGUUUCAACAGCAACGCCCUACGCUUGUAUACGGGCCUGCGACGUCGCUGGCUUUAUUCUACUGCAUGGGAAGCCACCUUGCGACGUCCCGACUUCAGAAAGUCUUCCGAGCGCUUCCGGGACUCGCCGAGCAACUGUCUUCAGUCGACGCCGGGGUCGAAACACAUAGCGGGCCACACACCGCAAGCUUGGCAGUUCGUGCCAGCACUCGAUUGUCCGCGGACCCCUAUAUUGUAGCACCGUCAACAACCUUUUAUGAACCGCGGCUUUGCGUACAGUACGUGAUGUGUGAUAAUUUUUUUUUACUUGCUUGCGUACGUUGGUCAGGAAGAAACGCGACGCCACUGAAAACAUAAAGAAGGUAGUGAUCACAGCUGCUGACCUCUGGCAACGUCCACUCGCUUGCCUAAAGCCUCAACAACCUCUUAAGUAUGAUGGCCGGCUAUCCGUACCUUUAAACGUGACACUGCAUUACUGUAUUGGUGCAUAAAUGAAAGGAGAUUUUUCAUCCACGCGAUACCUCAUACGAAGUACGUUGCUAAAUUUAGUGUUUGAGAUUACAUUCCAAUGGGGUGGAAACGAGCUUGUCGAUGGUUCACGACUGCGGCUACAGCGUAAGGGGCACGAACAACGAACACAGCGCUGUAUGUGUCUAUACUAUUGUCUGUCUCGUCUUCCUUUCGCUGCACCUACCGUCGAGACAAGAUUGCUUAUGCAUACGAACUGUUGGCCGUUCAUGCUUCCCACAGCUAUUUGUAGAACUAUAGUGUGUGGCGCUCCAUGCAGAUAUCAUGCUGAAUCAGAAUACUCCGGUCUCGAGAAGGCAGCACUGCUUCCAGACCGUGAUAUGGCCUUCCGUGGUGUACGCAAGGAAGUAAAACUUAAGCAGCAGGCAACGUUGGUGUCUGAGAUCGAUAUUUUUUAGAGUUGUCGCUGCAUUUCUUGAGGAUACAGGACCUGUAGAGAUCCGUCUUUGGAGACGCGCGUGCUUUCGCCCGCGCCUGUGCCGCACGACUCCUUUCGCUCCUCCUUGUGUAUCUUUCGCAGUCUUGUGUUGCCGCAGAUUUUGUGCGCCACAGCGAAGCCGCUGCGAAACGUCUUCGAGGAGCGGCGCAGCAGGCGUUGUUCACCUGACUCCAGUACAAGACGGUGCCCUCCUCUCCCCCAGCCGCCCUUCCCGCGCAUGCCAGCUCCUUCAGCUGCGUCUUCUCUACCGAUCAGCUGACUUCGCUCAACUGAGAACGGCGUCACUGCUGCUGACAGAGCGCGCGGCGUGCAGCGUAGAUUGUGGUCACUCGUUUGUGGAUUUGCCAGGACAGGUCCUAAAUUGAUGGCACUGUUUAUUGCGCGCUUAAGGCGCAGCAUGGUGUAUACUCCAAACAUCGCUCUUCGCUGUUGUGACGUCUGGAUAAUGAAGUAACGUAAAGGUGAGCUUUGUUUAGAAAGGCAUUGAGCGUUGAGCUUAGGGACUUCAUUGUACCCGGAAAUCUCAAUUAUUGGCGGAGCUUGGGGUAGCGUCCGUAUAGUUACUGCACACUGUGUAAAUAACUAAUACAGUAGUAUUUCUUUAUGGCAUCGAAUGCUCUUGGGUGGCUAAACUUGUUUUUGCCAUAGAUGCAGUGGGCGGGACAGCAACUGCACUUAACUCAACUUAACUGAACUUAACGCGACGCAGAGAACUGUUGAUACUCAGCCAUUCCCCGUGCGUUUCGCACACAUUGUGCACUACACAGAGUGUCCUCACGCAUGUCCUGUGUGUAGGCUUCCUCAUCAUAGCAACUGUGCUGCAACACCCGGAGCUGCAUAAACUUAUAUAUUUUGACACAUGGGAUAUCUAAAAUACAUGUAGCGUCUCAGUAGAUUAAAACUGCGUGUAUGUGACAGAGCGCAGCAUUAACAAGAAUUUCAGCCAUUUAAUAGGAAUCAGUGCUUAUAUACACAUUCAAUUUAGUGACCUUUAGUUAACAGUACUUCGUAGCGACCACGAAGCACAUGCCGUCCAGGCUACGGACAGCUUAUACGCCGAACGAGAUUCAAAGCAAAUACAUUGUUACGUGCGUCGAUAGAUGGACGAGCCUCGAAGGCAAGUCUUGAUUCGGUGUGGCCGUUUGUGACUCCGCGAUGGCGGCGAACCCGCGACAGUCGAUAACAAUCUGCCCCUAUAUACAGGGCGUCAUCACGGACACUCGAUAAUAUGCUGCAUGUAUUCUGUAUAGUGUGUCACAGCUAACGUUAGCCAAGUUGUUUAAGGAAAUAAAAGAUUGAAAAAGCAUUGUGCAAGACACCAUUUCAAGACCCACAGCGUUCUGUUGUCAGACCUUUGAACACUGUGGGUCGUAUAAUUUUAUCUUGGCGCGUGUUCUUUAAAUAUUUUUUUUUGUUCAACCGCUUAGGCUGACGUGAGCUUGGACACAAGGUAUAUGUGUGCUAAGAAUACACCCAUCGUAAUAAACUCCUUCACGCGUAUAUAUUUAAUAUAAUAGUGGAAGAAAAAUUAAAACGAAUGUAUCGCAAGCAAAAAUAGCUCAAGGCAUGCAGUAUCAUGCCAUUCGUGCCGGCUUUUACCUUUAGAACAAAUACAAAACACGUUUGGGCUCGUGCAAAAACUAGAGAGUGAGUCUGUUUCCUUGUGACGGAUGUGACCCCAGUCAGUUAGGGGGGGGGGCAUCAAGCCUGAGGCUCAGCGUGCCAUUGUCGUGUCAUCACUUCCGAGGCCGCGUGCUUCGCUCUAGGGACGCCGUGCACCGACGGGUCAGCACUAAAGGCGCGGAGCUGCACGGGGUGCGCGCGAGUGCGGCCAGCUGAUCACGUUUAACUUUCCCGGAAUUUAAAAAAAACACGCCUGUGGCAGAUAGCAUGAUUCUUGAGCUGGAUUAUUCAAACAGAAGGACAUUACUAGCACGAGAAAUCGAAGCACAUGUUCAACUAAUUAACAAAACAUUCACAGAUUACCUUCUUAGUUUACUUUGCAGCACAUCUUACAAUUUACGGAUUGUAACUGAUGAGUUUGCAAGACGUAUCCACUUGAAAUUAACCACUAGGUUGACACCAGUUUCGUGAUAUAAUUUCCCAAGGUGUGGGACGAAACACUUGGGCGUUCCAAUUAUUUCUGUGCUUCAAUGCAUACAAGAGCGUUUUGUUAAAAAGUAAGUGGAACAACAGUGCAUUUUUACAGUGAGUUUGAUGGCGCAUGUUUCUGAACUGAUGUCGUUCUGGAAAUUAAUUCCAAGUGGAUACGCCUUGCAAGCCCACCGGCUACAAUUCGUCAAUUUUGUCAAUAUGUGUUGUAACGUAAUCAAUUAAGAAGUUAUAUAGUGAUUUUUUAAUUAGUGGAACAUGUGUUCUGAUUUCUCGUUCCAGUAUUGUUCGCCUUGCUGAAUAACCCAGAUAAAGGACAAGAAAUAAGUUAUCUGCAACAGGCGGUAUUUAAAAAUUCCGGAAAACUUAAAAAUGGUCACCCCGUAUAACCGUAUAGCAGCAGUCGUCUGUGGAAGAGUACCAACUAUAAAAAACUAGCGGCGUUCAUUUUCAACCUGCUUUUAUUCAAUCACGAUGAAUAUUUGCAAGCGCAUUUAAUCAUGUUAGGACAAAAGAAAUCAGAACACUCGACGAAAGUCAGUUCACAGUUUAUAAAGCUAGUGAAAAUUGAAUUUCGUAGCAUUAACGUGUGUACAUGCAGCAGGUCAUUAAAUCUAGUCUAAAAUAUUUUGUUGUCGUUUCUUCACUUUAUUACCUACGACGAUAUUACACGCAAAUCUGUCCGAUAAGGUUGUUUUUCCUCGCUGUUUUGUUAUUCACGUUGACCGAAAAUAAAACUGAUUUUCCCAUG